AUGUUUGGAAAAGGUUUCUUUGGGGGCCCUGUAGCGGCAACUACAACUGUGCAAGAGGAGACACCACAGCCUGGAACACUCCAGAACCAAGGCAGCUUCCCUCACAUCCGUGAAGUAGUCCAGCGGGUAAAGAAUACCAUCGAAUGGACAACAGAGUGGUCGCAAUCGGAUUCUUGGACAAAGACCUAUGGCAUAAAGAACAAGGUUGUGACAUCCACCGAGAGGCAGCCGCUGGUUGAUACACUCAAGAAUGAAACGGGCGAGUCCUUCGACGAAGUUGACCCAUUUUUCGAAUCCUACCCCUUAUCAAGAUCUGUGGAACGUCAAGCACGCGUGGUCAAAGGCUUCUGUGGUGACACAAAACGGCUUCUAUUACCUGGUGUUACCUCUGAUGGUUCUGAUGAGAUCCAGCCGCAUAAGUGGCAAGCAGCUAGCGCAUGGGUUUCUGAUAGAGACUGGUACCCUCAAGACUCGGAAGAUACUGCAUUGGUCCCUCACAAAUCAUUUGGAAGAGUCCUUGGGGACAAUGAUAUUUGGGCGGUCCUACAAAAGAAGCGGUUCUCAAGGAACGAUGAUGAAGAAAUUGGCCCACCUCGAAGAAUUUAUAUCGACAAACCUGACAAGAACAGUAUUCUCGCACUUCUUAAGACCACUCCUCCCUCACAGGUAGCAGGAUUUAGAGAACUACUUGCGAACUAUAUCACGGACGCGCCCACGCCUGUCAUGAGCUCAAGAGAGAUUUUUUGGUGGGGUUCAAUGUGUUUCCUGUUCUCCUUCAAUCUCCCGUUCUUUGCAACGAGCACACAAACCGAAAAGGAUAACCGGAUGCUCUGGAAUGGGAAGAUUCCACUUCGACGCCGACAUGACCUGUCUUUUCUACAUUUGGAAGACCACGACAAACAUCGUUACAGUGGCAAUGAAUCUUCGUCCUCUUCUUCGUCCUCUAAAAACGAGCUAUUCUUGGUUGAGGGAGUCUGUUCGAUUGUGGUUACUGGCCGAACUGAUCGGUAUUGGACAGCUGCUUGCCUCAACGACGACCUCUCUGAGGAAGAUGAUGAGCCCAGGCUAACCAUAGAAGAUGAAGACGACCCAGACAUGGACACAGAGAAAGACCCUAUCAUUCUGAAGGUUUACAACAAGCCAGUGUCACCCCGGGCUUAUGCCCUUGCAGCAUUGGCGACAUCACUAACUAAGAUCGCGGACUACCAUAAAGACAUUCAGCAUCAAUUUGGAACCAGCCUUAACCAUCAUACUCCAACGUCUUGGUAUGGCACUCCCAAGAACAGUUCAUCUCAGCCGAUGCAAGACUGGAGGAAGAGAUACCCUGAAGUCCUGGAGUGGGUGAUUCACUAUAACGCCAGACUAAUUGAAAAGUUGGGGUAUUUCCUGUCACAUCAUCUUAUGAUCACUCCUGAGGGACUGCCUCAGCAUCCACUAUGGCAGAGCGUCCAUAAGGAGGAACGCGUGAUACAAUGCUUAACCGAGCUCAGAGACAUUCUGGACAGUCUGCGUGAUGUGGACAGUGAACUCAGGCGGUUCCUACAGACUUGUGUUGAGGCAAGACGCGAGAGGAAAUUUGAAUAUCAAGAUGAACAAGUUGGCAGGGAAAAGACCCUCCACAAGAUCACGUUCGCUGGAUUCGCUCUGGGUAUCCUGAAUCUAAUUGCCCAAAUCUAUGCGGCCAGACCGGAGAAUGCCAGCGCUCUCUCUUCACCUGGAUUCAUGGCUUUGACAUGGGGUAGUUUUGGUCUCUGCCUCAUAAUCUGCUUGAUUCCAUUUUCUUUACACAUCAUUCAGGGAGCGAGAGAGCAGCUCAAUUGUCUCAAAGAUUUUCUAGCCUUGAUUAGGAGGAGGAAGAAGAGCUUCUGCAUUUACGUCUCCUGUAUGAUAACCGUUGAAAUUACAAACAUGGUGAUUUUGGAGUUUGAGGCAAAUGAAGAUCAAGUGGCGUCGGAAGCUGUCAAUGGCAAUAAAAUAAACAAACGGUGGUCUGAGGCAUGCUGGCCAUGUGACUCUGUACUGAGGCAACUGAAGGCAGGCACCUGCAAGGAUCACUGA